GUGGUGGAUUUGCUAGUAUCCAUGUGCCGAUCCGCUCUGGAAUCUCCCCGAAAAGUAGUCAUUUUUGAGCCAUAUCCAUCUGUGGUGGAUCCCCUCGAUCAUCGGAGCCUGGCAUUUAAUCCGAGGAAAAAAGACUAUGAACGAUUAGUUAAAGCACUGGACAGCAUCACAUCCAUCAGGGAAAUGACCCAGCCCCAAAUGAAAACGAUUUAUCACUACAGACUCUUACAGAGCACUGGGGCACCAUACUUGGAAAUCAAGAAACAAAUGGACAAGCAGGAUCCUCUGGCACAUCCUCUGUUACAAUG